AUGGAUAGCCAAUUUUGUGUAAUUGCUUUCAUUUUUAUAAAAGGGUGAUAACAAAGUAAUAUGUUUACUAACCAUAACAGAGUCUCUUAUUUAUAUGAGCAUCUUCCUUUAUUAAUAUAAAAUUAUGAGUUCAGCUUGGAUGGACAUGAAAGUUAAAGAAGCCUAUCAUAAAUCAUAUACUCUUAGAUAUAAAUUUAUAUGGAUUAUACUCUUGAUAUUAACAUUAAUUUUAGAAAGUAUUUUUAAUAACUUUACUCCUUAUUCUAUAAUGGUUCCUUUAGGAUGUUAAUUUAUAGUUUAUGUAUUUAAAAUUCUUAUAUUAGUGUACUAUGAUUAAAAUUUUGUAUGAUGAUAAUAAGUAUUUUAAUUAGAGUAGAAAAUAAUUUAGAAGAUUUAUCCGUUAUCCUUUUCUGUUUUAAAUUAUAUAAACCUAUAAUAUGAUUCUAUUAAAAAACACAGUUUGGGUAAACCUUAUUUAAAUUUUUAUUCUUUUCUCAUUUCAUGAAUAUCUAGUAGAUAAAUCAUGCAAUUUGCAAGUAAAAGAUUUAAAAAAACAUGUUGACAAUUGUGAAAAAUUAAAUAUUAUAUGCAAUUCAAAUAUCAAUUUAAAUUAGCAUAUGAAUAAUAAAUAAUUUUUAGAUGAUUCACCUAAUUUAUAACAUACUUUAUUAUAAUAAUCAAGUUCUAUUAGAGACACUCCUUAAUUUGACAAUUUUGGUACAGACGCAGAAAGCGAUUCUGGAAAUGAAGAAAAUACUGUAAAAGUUUCAUUUAGCAGAUAAUCAGAAAUUGGAAAUAUAUCUAUUAAUAAUCUAGAUAAUGAUAGAUAUGAAAUUAAUUACUAUUAUAAAGGAAAAUAAAAGCAUAAAAUUGUAGAGAUCUUAGAAAUGAAUAAAUUUAUGCAAUUACUUAAAUUAGAUGAUUUUACAUAAAUAUGGAGUGAUUAAAAUAGAUUAAAUUAUUUUAUCUAAUAUUUAGAAUCCAAAAAUUAUUAAAUGUAAAUCAAUAUUUAAUUAUUAGAUGGUGUGAAAAUUUUUAAAGAUAAGAAAUUAUUGA